AUGGGUACAAGCAUUGUUGCAUAUCAGUUACCAUUAGAUGACCUUGUUAGUGUGGAUCAAGUUCACCUAACAAAAGAGAUAGAGGCUGAAAGAAAUAUAGACAUACCACCGGAAAAUCUGCUAAUGUCUUUAAAAUUAAAUUCCCAGCAAAAGUAUGCUUAUAACAAGAUCCUAGAAGCAUGCUUUGCUUCCCACAGACAUUCUUUUUUUAUUGAUGGUCCUGGAGGUACCGGUAAAACAUUUUUAUACCGGUCGCUGCUAGCUACUUUGAGAUUGCAAGGUUAUAUAGCCAUUGCAGUAGCAACCUCUGGAAUUGCAACGUCUAUCCUUCCUGGAGGAAGAACUGCACACUUAAGGUUCAAGAUAUCUCUUGAUUUCUCAAAGAACAGAACCUGUCAGCUUAACAAGCAAGGCAGUGUUGCAAAGCUGCUUUUAGAGUCUAAACUGAUCUUGUGGGAUGAAGCUUCCAUGACAAAACGAGAAACCAUUAAGACAUUUGAUGAUUUGCUUAGAGACAUGAUGGAAUCUGAACUGCCUUUUGGAGCUAAAGUUAUUGUAUUUGGUGGGGAUUUUCGACAGAUACUACCUGUUAUUGAACAAGCAACAAAAGAGGUCCUUUUGCAGUCUUGCUUUCUCAAUUCUCCAUUGUGGUAUAAGCUUCAUAAACUGAAGUUAACAGAAAACAUGCGAACUAUAUUAGAUCCUCAAUUUUCUGAAUUCCUGUUAAGAGUUGGCGAAGGGCGCGAGCCUGUGAACUUGAACAGCAAAAUAACUCUGUUCAGAGAUUUAGUCAUUCCUUAUUAUGAUAAAGAAGAAUCCUUAAACAGGUUGCUACACUCUGUAUUUCCAGAUUUAACUCUCUAUUCCCAGGAUCCGUAUAGCAUGAUUAAUAGAUGUAUUCUUACCCCUAAAAAUAACUCGGUUGAUGAGCUGAAUGAUAUAAUGAUUAGAAGGUUUCCUGGAGAGCUUCACACUUACAUUAGUUCUGACAAAGCUAUUGAUCAGCGGCACCAGGAUGAUUACAAGGAUUUCCUUAAUUCUUAG